CCAGAUCUACACACGCCAGGAAGAGAGAGACAGUUUAAAGAAAUUGUACGUCUACUACGCUAAGGGCAUUGAAACUCAAAGUCGCAGUACUCAUCAAGUGAAUUUUCCUCCUAUCAGAGUGCCCCCUAUUGUGGAUCUGAACAAGGUGCCGUUUUGUAUUGUAAUGCGAGCAUCUUUCCUGGUCAUUAUUAUUUCAAUUUCAUUUAAAAGGUGCGUUGGUAGCAGUCGGUGGAUAAGACUUUAGAGGACCACACGCAGGCCGGUGUAUCGUCUGCUCGCUGCGCGAAACUCCUUCUCGCAACAGUUUAAUACAAGGUGAUUUGCUGCGCUGAGUAGUGAUCCCAAGAUAAAUUUAGCAUGAUGCUAUGAGGGGAAAAUGUAGGCGUAUCUGUUACUGGGAAUCCAAGGAAAAAUAUAUUUUUAUACCAGUCUCGAAGGCUCAGCUGGUAGAACAACUGAAUGGUAAUCGGAUGGAAAGGACUUCUGGUUCAAACACAAUUAUCUAUAAUUAACAUACUAUAUUUUAAAUACAGUAUACUUCUUUCUUAUGUAUAUGUACCGUACUCAAAGCAGUGUGUUCUCUGUACACUCUAAAAUGGAUUCUUCACAGUGCUGUGUAAAUGUGGCUAAAUUCUCUAUCUUAACUUCUUUAGACUAGAAUUUGUGUCAUUGGAUGCGCGUAACGAGGUGUGAAUAUCAAUAAUAUCCGGAUGUUUGUCCAGGUAAUGCCGACAAAAGCCUUCAUCUUAGCAAAACAUCGUGGACGCUUACCUCGGGUUUUCAAACUGGUCGAAUAGUUUUACCGUAGUGCAUUAAGCUUCUUUAGCGACAAGACGCGUUUGUGGUUACCAACAAGUAAUGCUGAACGCAUUGUUCACGCAGUGGUGACAGAUGACAAGAAACUGGUAAUCAAAUGCAUCGAUAUGUAUACAGUAUUGAGAUCUUGUAGAGGCGUAGCAGAAGAUUACUGUAGUUCGUCUAUCAUUUACAAAACUCAACUGGGAAUCAACAUCCCGUGUAACGCACGGCGAGGAUAAAAACGCGUGUUAAAACCGAGUCUAUCUUAAACAGAAAUGUACAUGUUGUAACUCUGAGAGACGGAUUUUCCCCAUGAGCCUGAUCUCGUUAAUACAAAGGGGAAAUACAAAGCGGACCUCCUUCCAAGUCAGUGUGAUACUGAAAUAAGCUUAUAACGUUUCAAAAUAUACUCAGAAUUUUUGUUACCUAAACUGAGAAAAGGGAGCCGCAACAAUGUAUUCAAACUAUAGUGCAUACAUGGAAUAUGACAUUAUGGAUUUUUAUCAAGAAAUUCAUAACAAAAUUUUUCCUGAGACGUUUGAGUGGAUAAUUAUUGGUUUGUACAUCAUCGUCUUCACAAUUGCGUUGGUUGGUAACUUGUUGGUAUGCGUUGCGGUGAUUCGCAACGCGCACAUGCGUUCGCCUGUCAACUUUUAUAUUAUGAAUUUAGCAGUGGCUGAUAUUUUAGUAACGUUGAUAUGUAUGCCGUUUUUACUUGUUGUUACUGUGUCAGAAACUUGGUUCUUCGGGGAAGCCGCGUGCAGUUUUGUUCACUACUUUCAGAUGGUGUCUAUCUGCGUGUCAAUAUUUACCUUGACAGUGAUAGCAGUCGACCGUUACCUGGCGAUUUGUCGCUCCUUUCAUUUUCAUAGCAACACAAGAAGAACCAUCGGAAUUAUCGCAAUGGUCUGGAUUGUGGCUUUAUGCGUAGUUAUACCAACAAGUUUCCGUAGUACGCGGAAAAAUAAGGCGACGCAAAUACUCUUCCCGGAUAAAGAGUGGCUAACGGAAUGUUAUCAGGUAAGGUGGAUUGAUACCGGAUUCUAUAAGUCAUACCGUGUCUUCAUUGCGCUUGUGACAUACUUCAUUCCCUUGACGAUCAUCACAGUUUCGUAUUCUAGGGUCUGUGUGCGUUUGUGGUCGGAGAUUCCAACGGAGGAAUAUAGUACGGGUGUGACAAAUGGAGGAAAAAAGUUAGGUCGACGUUUCAGUACCACGCAGGCGCAGGUACUACUGCGGCGUAAAAUUGCGCGGAUGUUGAUUGCGGUGGUUGCCGCAUUUGGAGUAUGCUAUCUACCAUUCAGGAUCCUCAACCUGAUGAGAACGUUCGGCUAUUUUGAAGGUACGGAAGAAUAUUCGGAUCCGUCAUUUGGCAGGAGGCGAGUUCAAAUCUUACUGCUUGUGUCCUACCUCCUCGUUUAUAUGAACAGCGCCAUAAAUCCUAUUAUCUACAACUUUAUGAGCGCCAAGUUUCGGCGUGAAUUCAGGUCGUCGUUAUCGUGCUGCAAGAUCUGUUGUAAGACUAGUCGUCGACAGUUAGUUAAACCAACGCAUCAUAUAAGCCGCCAAGGUACGUUAGUCACUCAUAUGUCUGCGCUUUCAGACAGUAGAGUCUCGCGUGGUGGUGGUGGUGGUGGCUGUGGUGACGCUGAGCUUGUACCCAUGCUCCAGUAUCAACAGAUGUCAAUACGCAAAGACGGACAUUGUGUGGCACAAGCUUAGUUUACUGUGGAUCUGCCGAGCGUCUGAACACGCAUGUUCACAAUUGCUUUUCGAGUCAAGUUGUUUCAGUUAUAACAUGUGUAAAAUCAACUCAGCCUGGCCUGUUUUUCUUUUUUUGAAUAACAUUUUUAAAAGAUCGAGACUCAAGCGAGUGAACGAAAUUGUUCGUAAUAAGACUUCCGCUUCGAACAAACGGCGGCAAUAUAGUUUUUAUAUUAAUUAAGGGAUCUGAAAGGCCAUACACAGAUACGUUAAAUUUAAUGGUUAGCUAUUUCAGUCGAUGUGCAGCAUAGAGUUUACAUCAAUUUCAAAAGAUCGACCGCGGCUUCUAGUAUCAUCAAGUACUUUACGCAAUGAUUUUUGCAAUUUCAGACUGAUAUUUUGUGUCGUAACACGAGCAUACAUCGAAUACUCGAUAGCAGUUGAAGUGAACAAAUAAAAAAAGACAACAGUAAUAUUAAAUGUCUAUAAAGAAAAAAAAAUACAAAUUUAGGCUUUCAUCGACGAAUUUCGCGUAUAAUAUAGUCCAGCCUGUGUUACUUAUGGUACCGGGUACACAGAUGAUCUUUUAAAAGUAAAAAAAUCACCUACGACAACGAUGUCACUCUAAUCAACAACAUCACCACAAGUGGCACGUGGAUUGAUAGCGUUUACACGUGUUGAACGUGUGGUCGCACAAGGACAAGGCGGCCAUCUCAUCGCACCUAGUACUUAUCAUUAGACAGCUGUAUGGAUGACGUCAAUAACUUGACCAAUUACCAUUACCAUUGGAGAGACAUAAGUAGUAGCAAUAAGAAAGCGAGUGAUUUAUGAGAUUGCAGGAAUGAAAUUAUAAGAGCUUUGCUUCUAAUAAUGUGCUCAAACGACCAAUCAAAACAACUAUGACCUGGGUUGUAUCUGUACGCGCGAAGUUGCAUUGAGUUAAAUUAUGGUAUAAAGUACUCUGGAAAUCGUUGUCACGUGCACUAGCAACAUUAUUCGGAUGAUAAUAUAUUCUGACAUUCAUGUAUAUCAAUAUAUAAACGUAAAGACGAGAUACAAAUUUAUGAAUGUUGAAUUUUUGUAUUAUCUGUAAAUACAAUAUGUAAAACUUGGUUUGUGACCAGAAUGCGGUAUUGAUUACAGCAUCUUUUGAAAGAAGUACGAGGACAGUAUAAUAAUUGUGUCGCUGUAAAUAUUAUUUACUAUUUCUGAACUGCGCAAUUCUAAUAGUCGCAAUUACUUUCAACCUACAACCCAAACAUUAGGCUAAACACAAAACAUAAACAAAAUGUCUGCGCGAAACAACUAACGUCAUACAUUAACCACUUGUGCGAUUGUGUGUGGUGAGCCAUAGAGUUAUACGGUACCAUGUUUGAAAACUGCCACACUCUUAUACAGCUUACCUCGUGUUGGAUUCCAUGUUAAACUGAGCAAUAUACAUUAUUUUAUUAUAUUACUUCUCCGACAGUACGGUACUCAACGUGUUACCGUAUCGUACAUGUUAUGUGUGUAAAAAAGUCUGUCCUUCCUUAUCUUAUCACGUAUGGGACAUUACUGUAAAUCGUUUUCCAGCGUAAUAACACAUUAUAUCACAUACAAUUACUACACACGUUCUCUACGCGUGUUACUGCAUAUACAGUUAUUGUAUAGAUUUGACUAACUCUAUUUCACCAUUAAUGUAGUCGUUUUAGAUAAAGUGCGAUUACCUGUAGCAGUGCCUUACCCUAAUUAUUUUUUGUGACAUUGUUGCAGGACCAGGAAUCGUGGCAUUAACCGUUCUGCUAAGGCCUGACUCUUUGAUAUGGUUGCUAAGGUCCCUAAACUUAUGUAAACUUGCGUAUUGUGGGAUGAGUCCGAUUUACUGUAAGAAUAGCACAAACAGAUUGGUCAAUUGUUAAGUGUGAUUGACAAUUCAAAAAGGUCCACUACGUGAGAAUGGACAAUUCCGCUAAGCCCAAUCCGUUGAAAAUUGUUGCUAAGGGCCCACAAAACGACAGCGAAUACGUACUAAACACGUGCGUCUGAGACAACACGUAUUUGUGGGACAAGCGCGUAAUGCUGGUCAUGUUCUGAUUGGUUAGUUUUAAAUAGUUUGAUUGACACCCCGGAAAUGCUUAAUUUACUGAAAUCAUCGUGACCCCUCGCACUAAGCCUGAAAAAACAGUUGUCACAUAAAGAGGAUUGAAUAAACAUUACCGUACCGUAUUAUCUUUAAAAACACUUUUAAUAGGAGCAAUUAAUAGGAUCUGUUGCAAUUAAUCAUUAAGACAACAGAACAAUGGGCAUUGUCUUAAGUACAUCAUAGACAAGCACGACUAGUCAACUCGUCGACUCUCCAUUAAGGGUGUCCACAAGCCUACUAGUACUAUUCGCGAUAGAAUUGAGUAAAUAAUAGCUAAUGACUACUCGUUACCAUUUUUUUCUUAGAGCGAUUUUUCUUUCACGAUUGUUUUUUUUUUUUUUGUUAGCUGAAAAUUUACCUAAUUCAUACCAUUGAAAACGAUUUUUCCGUCAUUAGCUGCUUCGCAGCUGCUAUUUUAUCUAUCGCUCUCUCUUACAGUUAAUAAAGUAUUGUGUAAUAAUAAUAUAAACUGAUUUUCGGAGGUGCUGAGCUGAAACAGCAACGUAUGCUUAUGGUUAUCAUCGUCACUGUAGUCGUCGUCAUUAUCAUUUACUUGUAUCGUAAUAAUAAUAAUAAUUAUUAAUGUUAUUUAUUAUUAUUAUAAAAUAAUUUAUUAUUAUCGUCGUCAUCAAAAACAAAAUUAGAAUUUUAUUAUAAAUAAUACAAUUUUAAUUGUUGUUUUCAUUAAUAAUGUACAUUGAUUGAUCAUUGAUAUCAUCCUCAUAUUAUCAUUAUCAUUAUUAUAGUUAUUAUUAUUACUAUUAUUGUCUUUUUGUUGUUAAGUUUCAUAUUAUUAUUAAAAAUUUAUAUGUAUUAUUAGUAAUAGUUGUUGCAAAUUAAUGUAUAGGUAGAAACGUCUGGAAAAAAAGAAAGUGUCGUAUACUGACGAUUAGUGUGGCCCUCAGGCCUAUACUUGAAAGAGCUAUCAAUUAAUAAAUGAAAAAAAAACUACUUUAUUAGCUUGCUUUACUUAGAGUUAGAGUAAUGACGUCAUUGAGAAAGCCCUAGUGCCCCAAUGAAGAAUUUCAUCAAAUCCACGUUGGACAUAUUGGACAUAUAUAAAGAUCAACUGGAAAUGCAUGAAGCCAUUGGGGAUCAAGAUACACAAAUUCUAGUUUGAUGUUGUUAAGUUUACGGCUCAAAUGUUGUAAAAUAUUGAAUAAAACAUGGUAAUUUUGAAUAUUGUAUUCCUUGUGAUACGAUAAACAAAACAAGUAUUCGGGUCCCUUUUAUUAGAAGUAUAAACACUGGUUUAAUUGAUUAUUUUGCACACUCAAGAAGUGUCCUCGUUCCAUAUUAGGGGUGUCACUUAAAUAUAGGUGUUGACCGUAGUGUUAAAAUACAUACUGAAAGUCUCGUUUCUCGAAAAGUGUCUCCUUUAAAGGUGUCCACUGACGGGGAGUUUUCCCAAAGAAGGGGUUCUGUUGUGUAUUUCUUCGUAACAUUAUCUACUGUUGCCAUUACGGGUGCUGUUACCGCCACUAUUUUGUCUAAUAUUUUUGUAAUGUUCCGCCACACGUCUCCGCAUUGACCAUUUAUAGACACACUAAAACGGUGUAGGGAAAUCUCCAUGUUGCUGUUACAAUACGUAUUUUCUUAAUGUUGGAAUAAGCUAUAGGCUUACUAUUAUUAUUUUCCCGUUACAUCUUGUAAAAAGCACACCGCCAACGUUGGGUGUUGUGUUAGUACAUCACGAAGAUGUACUUGUGCAACUGUAUUGUCGUUGUUUUGUCAGAAUAUUUUAUGUAUAGCUCAUAAAGUAUGUUUAAACACUUGAGGAAGUGCUUUUCAUUUCUAAAGGAUUUUCAUGUAAUAGCUGGGUAAUCGUAGACUUUCAAAUGCCAAUGCCCAUCAUUUAUUAAGGUAUAAUCCGAUUCUUUUAGGAUGAUGUAACAAACUCUGUAAUUUAAUUAUUGAAUUUCAGACAUUCUUACUAUUUUAGCUUUGAUGCAUUUUUGUUUUGUUUUUUGUUUUUGUUUUGUUUUGUUUUUUGUUUUGUUGUUGUUUUUGUUUUGUUUUGUUUUGUUUUUUUUUGUUUUUUUGUUUUUUUUUUACCACUCACUUGACGGAUAUCCCAUUCUUUACUUAAAUUUAUAUAAUGUUUCUGUAUUUUGAACAGAUUUUGAAACAGAUACCGUUAAAUCAAAAAAUAUAUAGGCUACCGCUAUAAUAAUCUGCAAAAAAAAAAAAGUUACAAUUAGUACGCGUCUAAGUGGUUUACAGCUAGCAGUGGCGUAACUCCUAUGUGCUCUCGUGCUGCGGCCCGCAUGGCCUCCGACCUCUAGAAGCACUGGACCCAUCCCUUAGGGUCCUCGCUCUAAAAAUACGAAUAGACCUGAAAGAGAUUCGAUUGUCAAAUAAAUACUGAAAUAAUAUAUUCAACCGGUGGCAGAUUUAAGGGGAGGCCCGGCACUCAGUGGAUCCGCUACUGUAAACUUUGACACCUACGUUAUGCAUCUUUUCAGCUCUACGUUUAAAUAAAAAGAAGGAUAAUCUUUACUUUUCAUGUUUCUAUACUUUAUUUUUUAUGAAAUGGUGAAAUUAAAAGCACUCUAAUCGAUUAAAUUAGUCCUCUAAUCCGUUGAAAGGCCGUAUCUUCCGGUCGGCCCCCACCCCCCACAGUUCCGCUGUGGCCUUAUUCUGCCGCCAGACCCCCAACCAAUGGGCCCGGGCAGCGAAAGCCCGUGGCCUACGGCCGCUCUUGGCGGCCCUGGGCUGAGGUGGUGUAGACCAUCCAUUUGUUAAAUAGACAUCCUCUUUUUCAAAUUUCUGGAUCCGCCGCUGAUAUCAUACCAUUUUAGUCGUUAAAACACACUGGCAAAAAAUAAUGUUAAAACAACAUGAUUGGCAACCAAGACCCAAAAAGGGCCCUGGUGUCUUUGAAAGCCACAAUGCCCCCGGCCCAGUGUUACGUCACUGGUUCACAGUGUGAUAAUCGUAUAUUGUGGUGUGACAGCGUAGGUUACAUUCAUAUCGUAGAGUUUGCGGCAGAAAUUUACCUGUCUAUUGGACCAGGCGUUAUCGUCAACAAGCACACACCCCUGCAUCAGCAAAGCACACAACGUUUUAAGGUCUAGCAUACUCGCAGCCUGAAAUGAAGUUAAGUUACUUCUUAUGAAUGGAACUCUAUUAAUCUAAAGUUGAAAAUAUAUUGUAAUGGAAGCAACAUAGAGGACCGCAUUCAUCUCAAAAUUCAAAAUAUAGGACUUUCAAUGUUGAGCUAAAAAUAUUAUAUAUUCGAAUUGUUUAUUUUGUAUAAUCAAGUACUUAGUAAAUUUGAAAUCAAAGAAAGUAUCUUUCCUAUAAUCAACUGACGCAUAAUAUUUUGUAUACCCGUAUUCUUUUAUAUAAACCCUUUAAUUGACUGGUAAUUAAGUUAAGGAUUAUUGUAAUAAAAAGUCUUACCGUAUUUUUUCGAUAUGUAUAAGAUUAGAAGUUAAUAUUUGAUUCUUUCUAAUAAACUAUUCAAUGUUUUCAUUGAUUUUUAUGUAUUAUUUCAUGUAUAUUAUGACUGGCGAUAUAUUGUAUAUUUGCGUCAAAGAUAUCAUGCAAGAUAUUUGAUUUUAUUGCGUCAGUAUUAUGUUCAGAGGGCGCACUUUCUGCAAUUCUAGUUGUCAUGGAUCACAUUGUUUAUUAUGUUGUUCAUAAAAACGUAAAGCUAAAAAUUCUUAAAAAUAUGUACUGGUAUCUAUUCUUCCCAUCGAGAGUUAGGCCACAAAAUGUAGGCCUAUAGACUAUGAUCGUUCUUUGCACAUUUUGUAUUCAAUUUUUGUUUUAAUUAAGCCUACGUAUGGGGCUAACUUAUAAACCUGCCAUAAUGAUAAAGUAUUAUAAAGUAUUUGUCAAAAUAAAGCAAAUAAUA